AUGACAAUCACCCUCCUCAUCACCGGCGCCACGGGCAAGCAAGAAUCCGCCGUCAUCACGAAUCUGAUAGCUCUAGACGCAGAGGUAGAGAUACUUGCCGUGACACGCAACGCACAGUCCCGACUCGCCCGGAAUAUCGCCGACAAAUCGCCCAAAAUCAAGCUCCUUGAGGGCAACCUCGAUGAUCCAGAGGGAAUCUUCCGUGCCGCGAAGAAGAUAUCUUCUGGCCCAGUAUAUGGGGUAUUCAGUGUGCAGACCCCCAGCAGUAAAAACACCGAAGAACGACAAGCUCCGUCGACCGCGGCGGCGUGA